CACAUGGAACACACACAAAUUUGGAGACACAAAUCAACUCACAGGGCAUUGGGAAGAAGGGCACAGGCAGAAAGUCAAGUGAAGAGAAACUUCUUCAGAUAUGAGCUGUAGUCUCCAAACAGUUUUUUAGUUAUUUGUACAAUAUUUUUUUUUUAUUUUACUGCUAACCUUUCAAUUAAUUAAGGUUUUGAUUUUUUUAAAAUAACUUCAAUAAUGAAACUUAGUGUGGGGAUAUUUUUUGGAGGCUUCUUUGCAGCUCUGGGGGUUUUGCUUUUUUUGGUGGCAUUUGGAACUGAUUAUUGGCUUCUUGCUACAGAAAUAGGAACUUGUUCAGAAGCACCUGAAGAUGCUGGGGGAGAGAAGGCCACUUUCCAUCAUGAAGGUUUCUUCUGGAGGUGCUGGUUUAGUGGAAGUGUAGGAGAUAAUAAUGCAAGCAUGUGGAAGUUUUGGUAUACCAACCAAUCACCUUCUAAGAAUUGUACACAUGCUUACCUGUCCCCAUUUCCUCUUCUCCGAGAUGAACACAACUCAACUUCCUAUGACUCUGCAAUCAUUUAUCGAGGUUUCUGGAUGGUUCUGAUGCUCCUGGGAGUGCUCACUGUUGUGGCAGCUAGUUUCCUCAUCAUCUGUGCAGCUCCUUUUGCCAGUCACAUUCUAUACAAAGCAGGAGGAGGCUUUUUCAUCAUUGCUGGUGUCUUGUUUUCGCUGGUAGUCGUGAUGUAUGUCAUCUGGGUCCAGGCCAUGGCUGAUCUGGAAGACUACACAAACACGAAAAAAAUGGAUUGUCCAGACUUUGCUGUUUAUGUACGUUAUGGCUGGUCUUUUAUGUUGGCUCCUAUAGGAGUGUUUUUUGCUUUAUUAGCAGGAAUGCUGUUCUUGUUGGUAGGGCGUGCCAUUUAUUUACACUCAGACUAGUCAGGCACCGCUGAAGGGAAUACAGCAAUACUUGUGAAACUUUGUGACAAGUGUAAACUGGAACACAAUUUUGUACAUUAUUACCAUUAUGGCAAUCCUAAGUGUGCAGGCAGACUUCUGGAAGUUCUCCUAUUACUUGUUUAAGGGUAAAGGACACAAAACUCAAUAGAGGACGAAACCACCUUUAGUCCCAACUAGUUGUUUUUAGUUCUUUAGAUACACUUGUGGUUCUUCACACUGUACUAUUAGCAGCAUUUUUGUAGGUUAACAAACAGAAGAAAACAAAAAUUUUCUGCAAGUAAAAGGCCCACAUGAAGUGGCUCAAAUCAACAUUUUAUACAUUUAUCUUUUAGCAUUUACACUGUAUUUCUGUUUGUAGAGAAUGGCACAAGGUAGAUGAGAAGGCAAACAUUCAGACACAGUAAUUUAAUCUACCUCCUCUCCUGCUUUCCACUACUUGCCUUAGCUUUAAUGGCAGCAAACAUGGCUGCACUUUAUAAAAAUAGAGUGCAGUUGUUCAUGCAGCAUCCAUAGGAAGAGGAUGAGAGAGAAGAUAAUUUCCAUGAAUGUGUAAAAGCUUAACUGUUCUAUUACCCAUUUCUCUUUUCUGUAUGCAUUUGAAAGCUGUGUACUUCUGUAUUCUGAAACCCAUGUGUGUUGCAUGAUUCUGUAAGCCAAAAUGCCGUAGUACAAUCACUAUCUGAAGUUAUGCCAAAAUUGUAUUUUGAAUUAUAGCAUUAUUAUUUUAAUUAAGUUUUAACCCUUUUAUUUUUCAGUGGAACAAUUGGCUCCUCUAACAAAUAUUUUCAUGGUUGUGUAAAAUUAAUUUUUUAUUAAAAAAGGUUUAUUAUCAAGACAAUAUCUAGGACAUAAAAA